AUGCUCGUCCCUUGCAAAACCACCUCCACGGUCGCGUUAAACGGCACCACCACGACCUUCGUCCCGUUCGAGACCAUCGUGUUGUUCGGCGUCAAACGGCCUCUCGGGCUUGCUCGGGAAAUCCGUAGUGUACACACUCGCGGACCGUCCUGUGUAGUAGGACUCGAGAAUCGACCGUGUGGGGUUCGCGAACGAGACGUUGUUGACCGAGGCCGCGAAUUUCGUCCCGUUUGGCCCCUGACAUGUGGCGUUCGCCGGGCAAGGGGUGCUCCCGAGCCCCACCGUGAAGAAAAACUUUCGAUCGACAGUCUUGGGGACGUUCGCCGGGAAACGGGCGUUGGCGAGGCUUCGGAGCCGGCUUGUGAAGAUGCCGAGGACGGUGGAGUUGUCGAACGUACCCUGCCCGGUGAAGUAGGGUCGCGCUGCCAUUGGGUAGGUGGCGUUUGUGGGGUGGGGUUUGGUGCGGAGGAGGACGUUGGUGGUCUGACCUGGCGCGAUGAAGAGGAUGUCCGUGUCGAAGGGCUUCACGUAGACGGCGUCGGCCUCCACGACAGUGACGGUGUGGCCGGCAAUGCAGAAGAAGAGCUCGUCGUUCAGGGCAGCGUUGAUCAGACGGAGGAGGUACGUUUUCCCAGAAUGAGAUUUCGGAAUAGGAACUUAACCGAAGAUGAUGGGGACCUCCUUGUGGGGUUUUGGGAACGGGUAAGGCGCGUUUUUGGCGGGAAGGAUGAUGAUGGGUCCAUAAACAUACAAAUAGCUAUUCUUAUAGAGGAAAAAUCCAUCAGAUCUGAUCCAACCACAAUUGAUAAAUUAAUUAUUGGUUGA